GCCGGCGCGCGCCUGGCUGGGCCCUGUGGGGCGGGAGGGAAGCAGCGCCGGAGCAAGAGCCGCGGCCGUCGCCCAGAAGCCAGGCGCGCCGCCCGACGCCCUCCUGCCCGCUCCGCGCCGCUUCGGCCCGUUCGUUCACGUUCCGGUCGCCGUGUCCUGCAGCGGGGGGCCAAGCAUGGUCAUGGCGGAUGGCCCGAGGCACUUGCAGCGCGGGCCGGUCCGGGUGGGGUUCUACGACAUCGAGGGCACGCUGGGCAAGGGCAACUUCGCCGUGGUGAAGCUGGGGCGGCACCGGAUCACCAAGACGGAGGUGGCUAUAAAAAUAAUAGACAAAUCACAGCUGGAUGCAGUAAACCUUGAGAAAAUCUACCGAGAAGUACAAAUAAUGAAAAUGCUCGACCAUCCUCACAUCAUUAAACUGUAUCAGGUAAUGGAGACCAAAAGUAUGUUGUACCUUGUGACAGAGUAUGCCAAAAACGGAGAAAUUUUUGAUUAUCUUGCUAAUCAUGGCCGGUUAAAUGAAUCUGAAGCUAGGAGAAAAUUCUGGCAAAUUCUGUCUGCUGUUGAUUAUUGCCAUGGCCGGAAGGUAGUGCACCGUGACCUGAAGGCUGAAAAUCUCCUGCUGGAUAACAACAUGAAUAUCAAAAUAGCAGAUUUCGGCUUUGGAAAUUUCUUUAAAACUGGUGAACUGCUAGCAACAUGGUGCGGCAGCCCCCCUUAUGCAGCCCCAGAAGUCUUUGAAGGGCAGCAAUAUGAAGGACCACAGCUGGAUAUAUGGAGCAUGGGAGUUGUUCUUUAUGUCCUUGUCUGUGGAGCUCUGCCUUUUGAUGGACCAACUCUCCCUAUUUUGAGGCAGAGAGUUUUGGAAGGAAGAUUCCGCAUUCCAUACUUCAUGUCAGAAGAUUGUGAACACCUCAUUAGAAGGAUGUUGGUCCUAGAUCCUUCCAAACGGCUAAGCAUAGCUCAAAUCAAGGAGCACAAGUGGAUGCUCAUAGAGGUUCCUGUACAGAGGCCUAUUCUCUAUCCACAAGAACAGGAAAAUGAGCCAUCCAUUGGAGAGUUUAAUGAGCAGGUUCUGCGACUGAUGCACAGCCUUGGGAUUGAUCAGCAGAAGACUAUUGAGUCUUUGCAAAACAAGAGCUACAAUCACUUUGCUGCCAUUUAUUUCUUGUUGGUGGAACGUCUGAAAUCACACAGGAGCAGUUUUCCUGUGGAGCAGAGACUUGAUGGCCGCCAGCGCCGGCCUAGCACCAUUGCUGAACAAACAGUUGCCAAGGCACAAACUGUGGGGCUACCAGUGACCUUGCAUCCACCGAACGUGAGACUGAUGCGAUCUACCCUCCUCCCACAGGCAUCCAAUGUGGAGGCCUUUUCAUUUCCAACAUCCAGCUGUCAAGCAGAAGCUGCCUUUAUGGAGGAAGAGUGUGUCGACACUCCAAAGGUGAAUGGCUGCCUGCUUGACCCUGUGCCCCCUGUCCUGGUGAGGAAGGGGUGCCAGUCACUGCCCAGCAGUAUGAUGGAGACCUCCAUUGAUGAAGGAUUGGAGACAGAAGGAGAGGCCGAGGAAGACCCCAGUCAGGCCUUUGAAGCUUUCCAGGCCACACGAAGUGGGCAGCGACGGCACACUCUGUCAGAAGUGACUAACCAAGUGGUUGUGAUGCCCAGGGCAGGGAAAAUUUUCUCCAUGAGUGAUAACCCCUCCCUUGACAGUGUGGACUCUGAGUAUGAUAUGGGGUCUGCCCAGAGGGACCUGAACUUUCUGGAAGACAGCCCUUCCCUGAAGGACAUCAUGUUAGCCAAUCAGCCGUCACCCCGCAUGACAUCUCCUUUCAUAAGCCUCAGACCUGCCAACCCAGCCAUGCAAGCUUUGAGCUCGCAGAAGCGUGAGGCCCACAACCGGUCCCCCGUGAGCUUCCGAGAAGGCCGUAGAGCAUCAGAUACUUCCCUUACACAAGGAAUUGUAGCAUUUAGACAACAUCUUCAGAAUCUUGCUAGAACCAAAGGAAUUCUGGAGUUGAACAAAGUACAGUUGCUAUAUGAACAAAUGGGACCAGACGCAGACCCCACCUUAACGUCCACUGCUCCUCAGCUCCAAGACCUUUCGAGCAGCUGCCCUCAGGAGGAAAUCUCUCCGCAGCAGGAAAGUGUCUCCAGCCUCUCUGCCAGCAUGCACCCUCAGCUUUCACCACAGCAAAGCUUGGAGACCCAAUAUCUGCAGCAUCGACUCCAGAAGCCCAGUCUUCUUCCAAAGGCCCAGAAUACUUGUCCAGUGUAUUGUAAAGAACCACCUCGGAGCCUGGAACAGCAGCUACAGGAACAUAGGCUCCAACAGAAGCGACUCUUCCUCCAGAAGCAGUCUCAGCUGCAAGCAUAUUUUAAUCAGAUGCAGAUAGCAGAGAGCUCCUACCCUGGACCAAGUCAGCAGCUGGCUCUUCCCCACCAGGAGACUCCACCGACAUCCCAGCAGCCCCCAUCAUUCAGCCUGACCCAGGCCCUGAGUCCUGUCCUCGAGCCCUCUUCUGAGCAGAUACAGUUUAGCUCUUUCCUCAGUCAGUACCCAGAGAUGCAGUUGCAGCCCCUGCCCUCGACACCUGGCCCCCAGGCUUCACCUACUUUACCCUCACAACUGCAGCAACAGCAGCAGCCCCCACCCCCACCCCCUCCACCACAGCAGCCAGGGGCUGCUCCAGCCUCCUUACAGUUCUCCUAUCAGACUUGUGAGCUACCAAGCACCACUUCUGUACCAAACUAUCCUGUGUCCUGUCAAUAUCGUGUGGAUGGAGCCCAGCAGAGCAACCUCACAGGGGCGGACUGCCCCAGGAGCUCAGGACUUCAGGAGACCGCAUCUCGCUAUGACCCACUGGCCCUCUCUGAGCUCCCUGGACUCUUUGAUUGUGAAAUGGUAGAAGCUGUGGAUCCACAACACAAUGGAGUGGCUUGUCCAAUCAGCAGAUGAAUGCACUAAGCACAAAGCGUCUUCCUUAAAGCACAAGAAGAGAGCUACUCUACAGAUGCUGCCUCUAGAAACACCUAUAAGUUGCCUUUCCUCUCUGUAGUAAGUGUCCAGGCAGGCAAGGGAAGACUAGGCAUGGGAAGUCUCCAGAGAGCCAUCCUGGCCCGCAGCCCAGCCCCUGCCAGUGUUGGUGACUCAAGCAGUCCUUGAGGCUGGCCAGAGACUCUAGUUGUCGGGCUCCCCACUGGUGCCAGGUUGCUUUGGAAAUGUGCUCUGCUUGGAAUUGGGCUGUGGGUCACAGCAGGAGUAGAUAACAGGAGGAACUGUCAUUUUUGUGAUUUAAUAACUGAAAAUCCAGUAAGGAUAACUUGUGUUUCUCUUAUUAAUUCUGUUCCUCCUCGUCCUUAAGAUUGAUGAUUUCAUUGAAGAGAUCAUUUCAUUAAGAUCUCUGAUAUGUUUAAAGCUUUGCAAAAUAAGCCAAGUUAUAAAGUGGGGGUUGAUGUGUUUAGACUGAAGGAGAAUAUUUUCCCAACAUAUACUGCAGAAGUGCUGUUAUACUGAUGAAAUGAAAAUGCCUUCCAGAUUGAAUAUGGGGGCCGCUCAUUUCAGGACUGCAGGAACAGACCACAGCAGAUUGGCAUAAACCCCUGCCCCCCAACAGGGCUGUAAGCUGCUUAGCCCAGGAGACCUAGCAGCUCUGGCAGGACAGUUAGGCAACAGAUGAGGGUCUGCGGAGAGGCUGUCAGAAGGUUAAAGGCUGCAGAGAGAAGCUGGGAACGCUCGUCAGAGGCCAAGCCUGUUAGGCACUGACAGAGAGGAGAGAGGACAGUCGCCUUGUGAAGACAAGAACCGUCCUGCUGGAAUGUGUCGUAAGCUCCCAUUUCCUCCUUCCUCACUUUCAAGUAGACAUCCCUAGUUCCACAGCUACCUUAAUUCCUGAAAUGGAAGCUGGUGAGAGCAAUGGGCACAUCUCAUCUGCUUGCUUCUUUGUCUGCCCCUAACUAGUGACCCAUGGAGGCUUCCAAGUCAUUUCUCCUCACAAGUACUAAAGUAACACUAAGAAAGCUUAGGCCCACUCUUGUAGAGAGGCUGCUUUGUAAUACUGACGUGUUUGCCUGUUGGUUCACAUCAGCAGUGUGUACACUACUGUAUAGUAACCCUUAGCUUUGUUAUCUUGUAAACUAGCCUCUCCAAAGAGACUGGUGAUUCAAACAUGAGGUAAAAAUUUUCAUUCGGCAAAAAGUGCAAUAUGUGUGGUACUCCUUUAUUUUUUUUGUUUAUGGUCUUUUGUUAUCCAGGGGUAUUACUCUCUGCUUUGGGGGAAAUGCAUUACUUCUGCAAUUUCCAGUUGGGCAAGUGUGUCUCUAGUAUUUACAUGCAACUGGCAUGCUGGUCCUGUAAGGCAAAGAGAGGGUGUUAAUGCAACAGAAAGAUAACGGAUAUGGGGCCCCACUCCUCUAUUCCCAGGGAGCUGCAUGACCAGCACCAGCGCUCACCCUGCCCUGACAUGGCCUGCUUCAACUGCUACCUUCGGAACAGAUGGGGGGUGGGGCAGUUCUUUAUGUCCAUAGCCCUCUAAAUCACCCAGUGGGAGGUAAUGAGGACCCAGGAGAAGCCUUUGGGAGUAAUGUAAGGUAUAAGAGCUGGUCUGAGCAAAGCCCUUCCUGUUGCUUUGCAUCCUAGGAAAAAGGAAGCCAAGGUGUCUCUGUCUCAGAAAUCAAGAACUUAGAAAUGUUGAAAGCAGGUCCUGGUGUCAGGGAGGGAGGGCUUCAGCCUCUGCCUCUCAUGCUCCCUCCUAACUUUUAUAAUUGAGUUACUGCAUUGUUACAAGGCCCCCACCCUCUACACCCUCACCCCCGUACAAUGCACCCUGUGGAAUAGCACCCUCUGCUCUGCCCAGAGCUCUGUUAAAUAGAAUGUUCAGCAAGGAUUCAUCACAGACCUCUCUUCCUGUACCCCAGGAGCCAUUAUACCUAAGGCAAGGAUACUAGGACUGGGGAAAGGGUGUGUUCUCAGCUGGGGAGAGAUGAGGUGUUGAACCAGAAACUGAAGGAGCUAAAAGUAGCAGCAUCUAGGCCAGCUGAUCAAGGGCCCCAGGAGUGCCAGCCGCUCAGGACAUGGGACCCAGUGGGCUCGCCUUCCUCUGCAGGUUCUCCAGCCUCUAAUGAAGCCUGCUUCUGGAAUAUAGCAGGGUCAGAGUUUCUCUGGUCUGGAUUACACUCAUACCAACAGUGAGUUAAGUUCUCUGUUGGUUUACAGAAAGUCCAUAGUCCGAGCAACGUUUUCACAUUCCUCCUCCUUUAGAGACAGUAUGUAAUGUCACUUGAUGACAGUGACCACAGUGGGCCUUGGAGAGUCCUUGUGCCGGGGCUGACCUUUGCUGUGUGUGUGCCCCUAAGCUGGGCUGCCUCUACUGCCUCCUCGGAAGCCAUCCGAGCCGCUCGGUCUCUCUGUGCCUAGACAUCAAAGGUAGAAACUGGAGAACAGGUAAUAAGUUGGAGUCGCUGCCCAGGCAGAGAUCGUUAUCACUUUGUUGCUUCUGGAAUCUUUUUAUAGAACUUACCUUCAGAAUGAUUUGUGGGAGACAAAAGCAGAGUCAACCUGUUUCAACACUGGACAAAAACAUACUUCAGAACAUGUGCGUACACACACACACACACACACACACCACAUCUUCCCUGGCAUGGCUUUUCCCACCAUUUCAGUGGCAUGUGAAAUGUGAUAUUGACCCUUAAAAGGUCCUUUGGACCCUAAAGUCUCUCAUCUCCAAACACCUUCUCACUGAUUUGUUGAGCCAUUUUCACCCAGUUACCACAGCCUCGCUGACUCUGGAAGACUCCCAGCAUUCCCAGUUACACCACACAUCAUAUGUCCACAUUCAAUGUGAGCAGAUUCGGGCAUGUGACUGCAUUGAUUGACAGACAGCAUAACCAAGGAUGGGUCUUCUUACAAGUCCUGUUUCCUCAGUUUGCCUGUCCAUGUUCACAGCAAUGUACCAAAUGCUUUGAGUGCUUGCUUAGAUCUCUCAGAUCAAUUCUGUGAGAUUAGCUAGAUUGUCCAUAUUUCUGAGGAAAGCAAAGCUCUUAAGGAUACAUGACUUAGCUGAGGUCACAGAGCCCAGAAGAGGAGGUAGCAGGAACAAGCACCUUUCUUGCCUGGCUUUUGACUUGUGUUGGAGCCCUGCCUCCACAGCUGCAGCCUCCACUUGACAGAUUCCUGGCUCUAAGUGCCCUUAAGUGAUAACUGCAGCUAUCUGGGCGACUGCACUGCACAGGGAGACACAGACACCACAGAUUGGCUGUCUUGAUAUCCAAUAAAUCGCAAAAGCUUGGGCUCACAUCAAAGAUGUUUGCUUAGUCAAAGUUAUGCAAUCUAGUACUUUUCUCUAUAAGUAUAUAUUGGAAGGAAACACCCCUCCUUGAUUGCCAAAGGGCCAAAAGAGCCCAACACUUAGUCAACAGAGUCAACUUGAGAGAAGAUGGAUGCCUUUCUUCAUGAACUCAACCUUUAUCCUAAAGGAAAGGCACUAGAACAUCUUUCUUCUAGUUCUUCUUCUUCUUCUUCUUCUUCUUCUUCUUCUUCUUCUUCUUCUUCUUCUUCUUCUUCUUCUUCUUCUUCUUCUUCUUCUUCUUCUUCUUCUUCUCCCUUCUUUCUUCUCCCUUCUUUCUUCUUCUUCCUUCUUCUUCCUUUCCUUCUUCUUCCUCUUCUUCUUUUUUUUUUUUUUUUUUUUUUUUGGAAA